AUGGCUUCUACGGCCCAAAGUAAUGAACCCCGCCCAGCAGAUCAACCUCCGACUCAAUUCUCAGAGACAGACCAAUCUCGCCCCUCCGCGGCCGACCGCCCCCAGCCUGGGGCUACCUACCCUCCGUCCAAUAUGAGCUACCCUCAGCCUCAAAAUGGGUAUCCCCCACCCCCACCCUACCAGGGCUAUCCUCCAAACGCCGGUUACAACCCUUAUUACGCAGACCAGAGCGCGUAUUACACCACCACGUACUCUCAACAUGACGCAGCCGCGACCAGCUUCGCGCGCUGCUUCUGCAUCAUAAUGUUCGUCAUACUCAUUGCGACCCUCCUCACGAGCAUCAUUGUGUUUGCGGUCGUCCGUCCCGAAAAUGUCAAGUUCAAAGUCGAGUCCUUCGGCGUUUCCAACUUCAACAUGGUCCCCACAACCAAAGUGGUAUCAGGCAAAUGGGAGGCCACGAUGUCCGUGGAAAACCCUAGCUUCGGCCUGAGGAUGUUCGUGGACAAAUGGGAAACUGCCUUGUACCACAAGGAUGACUAUUUGUCUUCGAGAGGGUCGUACCUGCAAGAGAUGCAUUUGGGCUCCAAGUCCAAGGGCACCAUGCACUUGAAGAUGGAGGCCUACAACUCGACGGUGGGGAGCGGGGUGGUGGAGGACAUGGAGAAAGAACAGAAGGAAGGAGGGGGUGUGAGCUUCAACUUGAGGAUGUCGGUCACGUACAUGAUGAAACAUACGUGGUGGUAUCGUAGCUAUAGGGCUGGCACCCUCAGAGUGAAAUGUACGGAUUUGAAGGUAAAUCUUCCGGUGGGUGCAAGUAGUGGAAGCAUGUCCGGUGGGAGCUCAAGGAAAUGCGACAUUACCAACGGUUGGUAA